CAACACGCAAAAACAUUUGCUCGUGUCAAUUCACAACCAACCAACCAACGAAGGAAAAAAAUAAUAAUACAAAAAUAAAACAAAACAAAAGAAGACACAGAAACCAAAUCAAACGUAGUAUUUGUUUGUAUCCGAAUCUCUUGACCGGAACGAUUGCAACCUUUACUAGACUUUGAUUAGUAAACAAAGGAGUCGGGUGGUGUUGUUGUUGUUUUCGUUUAUUUUCUUUUUCUUCGUCUCGUUUUUUUUUUCUACGGAAAUUCUCUGUAGUCGAUUGGAACAAAGCAGACGGCAUUUAAAUUUGACAUGAUAACAAAAGUCAUAUCGUAGCAUAAAUGUUACUGGUGUUUUGUAAACACAACUCAGAUAGACAGAAAGUUAGAAAUUUGGCGACCGAAGUCGUCAUAACAUAUUCAACGUAAUAUUAGAUAUUUGGAGAAGAUUUAAACCUUCGGGGAUAAAUAGAUAAAAAAAAGAAGAAAAGAUAAAGUGAUAUUUAUUCUAAAAGAAACGGGUAAAAGCAAAUUAAGUGUGUUGACGUCAAUUAAUUCCAAUAUAUUAUUGAACCGUAUUGGCAUGUUCUCAGUAUAACGAAACAUAUGAAUAUGGAUCGAGAACAAUUUGUAAAUGGUGAUGAAAUCGUUGACUAUUGGGGUUAUUUGAAAAGUAUUGAUUGGUAUGAUCCUUGGUUGAUUGCCUUGAUGCUUGUUCACGUUGGAACCACAACAGCAGCCAUUUGCACACGAAAUCAUUCACUAUUUCAAGUGAUUUUAUUUUUAGUUUUAUUGUUAUUAGUGUACUUUUCGGAAACAAUCAACGAACUGGCCGCUCGGCACUGGAGAACAUUUUCCCGUCAACAGUAUUUUGACAGCAAUGGACUGUUUAUAUCGACCGUAUUCUCAAUACCUAUCCUACUAAAUUGCAUGCUUAUGAUUGGCAACUGGUUGUACAAUUCCACACAAUUAAUGUCAAAAUUGAAAGUAGCUCAGCUCAGGGAACAGCGAAAAUCCCAACAGAAACUAAAAUAGUGAUUAACUCAGCUUGGCCGGACAUUUUUUUUUCUAUGCUGUUGUUGUUUAUUUCCAUUUUCUAGCCAUAAAGUGCCACAAUAUAUGCAACAAUAAGGCGAUAGUAUUUUAUAACAAAACCAUUUUUUUUCCUGGAUUCCUAACCCAAACAAGUCAAUUGAACGAGGAGGAGAAGAAGGGAGAUAUCUCGAUGGAGAUAAGAGUUGGGCAUUUGAUCAUGAAUUCGUUUUCGGCGAAGCUUGAAUUUCGAUGGAAAUGAUGUGUUUGUCAACAUCUUUGUCGAAUGAUUCAGUUUUCACCGAAAAAUUACCAAAUAAAUCAACAAAUUGAUUCAUUUGUUCACUCAUGUGUGUAGGCUCAUACAACCAAUUUUUGCUAGUGGCUUUUCUUUGUUGUUGCAAUUAGAAAACUGCAAGGAUGACAACAUCACAACAUUUUUUUUUUCGUUUGUUUCCAGUUGAAGUUAAUGCUUUUUUAAGUGAAUCUUUUCGAUUUUAAUUUUUUUUUACUGAAUUACUCGUUACUAUGGUUAAUGAUGACUAAAAAGAAACCAAUCAAAAUCCACACGGGGCAUCUUACCACAAGUGAUUAUGAACGGGGACACUCGAGAUUUAUACUAUUUCAAUUUAACCUCCUUAAGCGAAAUGUGAUCCAAAAUAUUACAGUUUUUGCAGGCGCUAAAUGAAAACCAUUAAAAUUAUAUAUUUGACUCGUAUUCGACACAGGUCGAAAACAUAUUUCAAUAUAAAAUUAUAAGUAUGUAAUAAAUUGUUCCAUGUAGAAGCAAAAAAAAAUGAUGAUAAUAAUAAAAGAUUCGAUUUGCCAUGUUUUC